UUAUUAAUUAAUUUUCAUUUUUUUAAUUUUAUCCUACUAGUAUUACCUUUUAUUUUACAACUUUUACUCUAUAUUAGCUUCAAAAACAGAGAGAAGGCCGCCGCCCACCAGGCAGCGGUGGGAUUCACUCUCAAUCUUUGCAGAGUAAUUCAUCUGCUGGCUACGAUUUCACUCUCCAAUUUUCCAACUUUGCUCGGAAAUCCAAAUCUCAUGUCUCAGUAAGUUCCUUUCUGAUUCUUCUAUAUAUCCAAGCAUUUCCUAUUCUGUUUCUUUGCUUCAAUCUUCGACUUAAAUGGAAAAUACCCAUUGAUGAAACUUAGUCAAAAAACUGAUAUUCCAUGGCUAGAGUUCAACCAUUUAUCAUAACCUUCCUUAGGCAAAACCCUCGAACUGCCCAAAACGCUAAUACCCACAUCAGAAAUCUCACUGUAGAUUCCAAAGAAACCAAUUUUAUUUACAGGGAAUUUGGUGAGAAUCAAAAUCAAAGUAAAGAACUAGUCAACGGUGCUAUAAACCAACCAAAUUUAGACAUUGUAAAACAAGUUUGCAAGAUUACAAGAACAAUUCCCAGGUGGGAGGAAACUUUGCUCUCAAAUUUCCCAUCUUUUAAUUUUUCGGAACCCUGGUUUUUUCGGGAGUUUUUGAGACAGCAAGAGAGUGUGCUUUUCUCUCUGAGUUUCUUUCACUGGCUGCGGUCUGAAUAUGAGUUUUCGCCUGACCUUGAUUCCUGUAAUGUGCUUUUUGAUAAGCUUGUGGAGGCUAAGGCCUGUAAAGCAGCAAGAAAUUUUCUUGAGCUGACGGGUUUUAGCCCUGAGCCGGGUUCUUUAGAGCGUUACUUAAGAUGUCUUUGUGACGAUGGAUUGGUUGAGGAAGCUGCUGAUUUGUUUUCCUUGUUGAAUAAGAAUGGCUACUGUCCAUCCAUAGCAACAUGGAAUUUAGCAUUGUUGGCUUGUCUUAAGGUUAGCAGGAAUGAUCUUUUGUGGAAAUUGUAUCAGGAUAUGAUAGAUUCAGGUGUUGUGGUGGAUAUUGAUGUUGGAACUGUUGGGUGUUUGAUUCAAGCCUUUUGUAAUGAUGGGGAAGCUUCGAAAGGUUAUGAUCUUCUUCGACAGAUUUUGGAAGAUGGAUUGGUGCCAGAUACUGUUGCUUUUCACAAAUUGAUUGCUGCCUUCUGUAAGACAAGGAAUUAUGGUAGAGUAUCUGAACUUCUUCACACAAUGAUUGCAACGAAUCGUGCUCCAGAUAUUUAUACAUAUCAGGAAGUCAUCAAUGGACUCUGUAAGAACAGAAAGUGCCUGGAAGGUUACAGGAUUUUCAAUGAUCUCAAGGAUAGAGGGUAUGCACCUGAUAGGGUCAUGUAUACAACAAUGAUUCAUGGUCUAUGUAGGAUGGGGAGGUUUGGAAAAGCCAGAAAGCUGUGGUUUGAGAUGAUUAAUAGGGGAAUGCUCCCAAAUGAAUAUACUUACAAUGCACUGCUUUAUGGGCUUUAUAAGGUCCAUGACUUCAAAGAGGCAAAAAAGCUAUAUAAAGAGAUGCUUGACAGAGGUUAUGGUGAAACCACUGUAAGUUACAAUAUAAUGAUAGCAUGGUUUUGUUCACAUGGGAGAGUGGAUGUGGCUUAUGAUUUAUUUGAAAAAAUGCCUCAAAAGGGCAUUGUUCGUGAUUUGAUCACAUUCAAUAGUCUGAUCCGUGGCUUUUGCAUCAAAGGGAAUAUUGCUAAGAGUCUAAAUCUGCUCCAUGAACUAUUAGCACAGGGUUUACAGCCAUCUGCUUCCUCUUAUAAACCUAUAAUCGAAAACCUACGUCGGGUGGGUCACAUGCAAGAAGCCAAAAAUUUGUUGAAUGAUAUGCUAAGUAGGGGUCUAGAGCCAGAUGUCUAUACUCAUGAUCAUGUCAUUACUGGAUUGUGUGAGAAAGGAUAUGCUGCGGAGGGAAUGGAACUGUUGGUAGAAAUGCUGAGAAAUGGACUGAAACCUCAACAGAACACAUUUGAGAAACUGCUUCAGUGUCUCUCACGAAGUGAUAGGUUAGAUGAUUCUUUACUUGUUUUAGAUUUUAUGUUUAGAAUAGGCUAUGCACUUAAAAUAAGCAUAUGCCAUUCCCUGAUUGCCAAGUUUUGCGAAGGGAGUGCCCAUUUUGUUGAAUCAUAUUUAAGAGAGGUCCUAGAAAUGAAUUAAGCAAAGCAUUUCCAGUAAUCCUUUGUUGUAAUGCUUGUAUCUUAUUAAUAAUGAAAUAGCAAAGAGAACCCAUGUUGGUUCUUUUGCCAACUAUCGUUAAAUCAUCUUGAGACUAUCAUUGCGAUCAUAUGUUAUUUUUUAAAUAUGGUUAUGUAAAUAAAUUGAGUUAAAUUUUGAAUUCUAAUAAUAUAUAUUUGGGUUGGUAAAAUCAAUACAAUUGCAAUUUCUCCCAAAUUUCCUCACUUGAAACAAAAGAAAGAAAAA